AUGAAGCUCCACCCUCUCUGGCUGCUCACCCUCCUAGUCACCCUGGUGACCUCGACCGCCAUCAAGGCAGGCUGCGACUGCGCCCUCGCCGCCGGCACCGACAGCAACAACGACGAGGUCUCCCGCGAAUCCGUCCUCGCCUAUGUGAAGUGCAUGCACGGUUGCACUGAGCACGCGUCCAUCAAGAAAGCCCUGGACGGGUAUAUCAGCCUCUACACCCGUGACAAUGUCGUGACUGAGCCAGCUGCCUCCGCCCCUGACACCGACAUCGAUGCCUCCUCUCCUGACGCUGAUAUCGAUACCGAUUUCGAUGAGGAUAUUGGUGUCACCUCCAUCGCGGCAUACACACUCGACAGCGAUGAGGACGAGGACAUGGACCUUGUGAGUGAUGCUGAUGCCGAUACCUUCGACACCACCUCGAUCUGGGAAGAAGACACCACCAACACCACCACCCUUCUCACAACCCGCAUCGCGCCCCCCGCCGCAGACGGCGAAAUGUCCACCCAGGACCGCAAAUGCCACCGUCGCUGCCGCCGCACCAAGGAUUGCUGUCACACCGACAUCUGCUACUCCGGGGUGUGUCUGGGCCCUGGCAAGUCGCCUUAG